UUAAGUCAACCAAGGGUCAACUCUCACUAUCUCUCUCCCAGAAAUUGCGCUCUUUUACUGCUAACACGAUGUACCUACGCCUGCACUUGUCUUUCCAGGCAACAUCUUCUAUGGCUUCUUUUAUUUCAUUUUUCUCUAGCUCUCUCCAAGAAAUUAACCUCUCAUUUUUGUGCAAUGAUUCAUACCAUUCCUUAUUUGGGUAUAAUUUUGAUCUCAACUUCACUCAUCAUACUCUUUUAGGAGAUCCUAAAAGCUAACCAUUUGGAGAAAGCCGAGGUUACUGGUGAACAUGGCAUCGAAUUUCAGAGUAACAGUUCUGGUAUGGGCUGACAUACUAGUGGGGUACGCCAUUUGGGUGAUGACGACAUACUUAACAAAUGUAUGGAAACUUAACGUCAUACAUGCUGCUGCAAUUGUAAAUGUGUUUACGGGCGUAGCAUUCAUAAUGCCUAUAGGCAUGGCCUUCCUUGUAGAUGCUUUCCUAGGCCACUAUUGCAUGCUCUUGCUCUCCAGUCUUGCUUACUGCUUUGGGAUGAGCUUAUUGGCAAUGUCGACACCACCAGUCCUUUCUAGAUAUGCAGGCAACUGUGAUAAAUACAAGUCAGAUUGCAUUGGUGAUACCCAAAAGGCUCUGUUCUAUACAGCAUUAGCCCUCAUAGCUGUUGGGAUAUCUGGUCAUACGACAUCCUUAGAGUCUUUCAAGAAGCAACAAGAAGAGCUAGACCAAACAUCAAAUGGUCAAGUUGAUCUAAGGAGGAGACUGCUAGACCUCUUUGCUAACAUUGUUGUUCUUCUCCUCCCAAUUGUUGGAGGAAUUGCGCUUCCAUAUAUAAACCCGUGGUCUGUCCGAUUUGGAAUACCAGCAAUAUGCACAGUAGUUGCAACUUUUCUGUUUAUAAGUGGUUCACUUUCAUACAGACAUGCUGAACCACAAGGGAGUCCUCUCACAACUGUUUUUAGAGUUUUUGUAGCCUCUGCUUCCAAGAUGUUCCAUCAGCGCCCCCUACACGCUAAUCAGUUCUAUGAAAAUCAUCAAGGUAGUCUCGACUCUGUGCCUCAAACCCCAAGCCUCAGGUGCCUUGACAAGGCUGCCAUUAUAAUCCCAACCCAAACUCCAGAGCAACAAGAACAAAAUAGAUGGAAACUUUGCAGGGUGACAGAAGUAGAGGAAACAAAAAUUUUUAUACGCAUGAUACCUAUGUGGAUGACUUUCAUUAUGUGUGGGGUCGUGAGUUCCAUAGGAGCCACUUAUUUUCAAGAACAAGCAAACAAAAUGAAUCCCAAGGUUGGAAGAUUGAAGGUCCCUCUUACUAUUCUACUAAUCUUCUACGACAUUGCCAAAUCAUUGUCUGCUAAAUUCUAUGUCAAAGUAGCUAAAAAGUUUACAGGAAAAUAUGCAGCCCCGAUUGGAAUGAUAGUAGCAAUGUUAUUUUCUAUACUAUGUUGUAUCACGGCUGCAAUAGUGGAGACAAGGAGGUUAGGUGUGAUCAAAAGGCAUGAGCUACUUGACAACCCUGAUAAGGAAAUCCCAAUGACCAUGUUCUGGCUUCUUCCACAGUAUCUCCUUCUUGGUGCCCUUGAUGGAUUCGCCGGUUACCUUCUUGGUGACCGUGAUGAAAUCUCUGGUUUCGGCAUUGCUUGUUUCUUCAUCGGUCAAAUUCCUGCCUCUAUGAGCCCCUGCUUGCUAUUUUUCACCCGAGGUGUAUUUGGAGCAGGAUUUGUGGGUAGUGUGCUUUCGGUUUAUGUGGUGGGUAAGGUCAAACCAAGUUGGUUUCAGGACACACUGCAUAAAAGUCGCUUGGAUAACUACUAUUGGACACUGGCAGUGUUGAGUUCCAUAAAUCUUUUCCUCAGCAUCUGGGUGGCAAUUUGGUACAGCUAUCAACACUCAUCAAUUGAUGAGAUUAGAACUCCAGGGUAUCAAGAAUCUGUCACACCUUAUAAUGAAGAUGAACACUGUUGUUCUUUUAACUUCUCCCUUUGUUGUUAAUGUUUCCAACUAGACAAACAAAGUGAAACUACACAAGACUCAAAACUCUUUGUUAAUUGGAGUUUCUCUAGUACCAAGCUGACCCCUCUAGCGCCUUCCAA